AUGAGGACCAUUGCUCUUUUCUCUCGCUUUUUUCUUGCUCGCUCUCCAUUUUCUUUCUCUCUCUCUCCAUUUUCUUUCUCUCGCUCUCCAUUUUCUUUCUCUCGCUCUCCAUUUUCUUUCUCUCUCGCUCGUUCUCCUUUUUCUUUCUCUCUCGCUCGUUCUCCUUUUUCUUUCUCUCUCGCUCGUUCUCCUUUUUCUUUCUCUCUCGCUCGUUCUCCUUUUUCUUUCUCUCUCGCUCGCUCUCCUUUUUCUUUCUCUCUCGCUCGCUCUCCUUUUUCUUUCUCUCUCGCUUUCGCUCUCCUUUUUUCUUUCUCUCUCCUUUCGCUUUCGCUCUCCUUUUCUUUCUCUCUCUUCCGCUUUCGCUCUCCUUUUCUUUCUCUCUCCUCGCUUUCGCUCUCCUUUUCUUUUCUCUCUCCUUUUCUUUCUCUCGCUCUCCUUUUCUUUCUCUCUAAGCUCUCCUUUUCUUUCUCUCUCGCUCUCCUUUUUCUUUCUCUCUCGCUCUCCUUUUUCUUUCUCUCUCGCUCUCCUUUUUCUUUCUCUCUCGCUCUCCUUUUUCUUUCUCUCUCGCUCUCCUUUUUCUUUCUCUCUCGCUCUCUCGCUCUCCUUUUUCUUUCUCUCUCGCUCGCUCGCUCCCCUUUUUCUCUCUCCCCUUUUUCUCUCGCUCGCUCUCUCGCUCUCCUUUUUCUCUCGCUCGCUCGCUCCUUUUUUCUUACACCAUUUAUAAUCAAAUGA